AAGACUCGGCAGACACGUUGAGGGGGAGUUACCAAGCCCAGGCAGCAAAAACAUCCCGGCGCAUUCCUGGGGAGUCCUCGGCUGCCAGCAUCUGAUUAGAACCAUAUCUCGCCGGGAGUGGCCGCGCGGCUCCGAGGCUCCCGGGCCGGCGGCUAUUUAAGCGCGGCCCGCCGUGUCGGCCGCGCGGCAGCCUGGAGGCUCGGCCCCGGAAAGUCAUGCUCGCUUCGCGGACGCGCUAGCCAGCCAACCUUCUCAGAAACUGAAAAAAGAUGUUGCAAACUCCAGAAUCCCUUCUAGUCAUCUGAUUCUUGUACCAUGGAAAGGGGAAGUUCCCGCAUUCUUUCAGGGAGGUGUCUGUAGUGGGUUAUGUUCAUUUGAGACUUCGGGAUUGCCUGGUGUCACUCCGUGUCUGCUGGUGCUGGAGUUCGCUGUCUGCCUUCUCGCCAUGUCUAACGAAGUAGAUACGAGCACAACUAACAGUCAGCCUGACCAACAGGCUGCACCAAAAGCACCAUCAAAGAAGGAAAAAAAGAAAGGCUCUGAAAAAACAGAUGAGUAUCUUUUGGCCAGAUUCAAAGGUGAUGGUGUAAAAUACAAAGCCAAACUAAUUGGCAUUGAUGAUGUGCCCGAUGCAAGAGGGGAUAAAAUGAGCCAAGAUUCUAUGAUGAAACUAAAGGGAAUGGCAGCAGCUGGCCGGUCUCAGGGACAACACAAACAAAGGAUCUGGGUCAACAUUUCCCUUUCUGGGAUAAAAAUAAUUGAUGAGAAAACUGGGGUUAUAGAGCAUGAACAUCCAGUAAAUAAGAUUUCUUUCAUUGCCCGUGAUGUGACAGACAACCGGGCAUUUGGCUAUGUGUGUGGAGGAGAAGGCCAGCAUCAGUUUUUUGCCAUAAAAACAGGACAGCAGGCUGAGCCAUUAGUCAUUGAUCUUAAAGACCUCUUUCAAGUUAUCUAUAAUGUAAAGAAAAAGGAAGAAGAAAAGAAAAAGAUGGAAGAAGCCAACAAAGCAGUAGAGAAUGGGAAUGAGACCCUAUUGACCCUUGAUGAUCAAGCUAACAAACUGAAAUUGGGUGUUGACCAGAUGGAUUUGUUUGGGGACAUGUCUACACCUCCUGACCUAAAUAGUCCAACAGAAAGCAAAGAUAUCCUGUUAGUGGAUCUAAACUCUGAAAUCGACACCAAUCAGAAUUCUUUAAGAGAAAAUCCAUUCUUAACAAAUGGCAUUACCUCCUGCUCUCUUCCUCGACCAAAGCCUCAGGCAUCUUUCCUGCCUGAAAAUGCCUUUUCUGCCAAUCUCAACUUCUUUCCCACCCCUAAUCCUGAUCCUUUCCGUGACGAUCCUUUUGCACAGCCAGACCAAUCGGCACCCUCUUCGUUUGAUUCUCUCAAAUCUUCAGAUCAGAAGAAAGAGAAUUUGAGUAACUUGUCUACUCCCCUGAGUAACGGGCCCCUGAAUGGGGAUGUUGAUUACUUUGGUCAACAGUUUGACCAAAUCUCUAACCGGACUGGCAAACAGGAAGCUCAGGCAGGCCCAUGGCCCUUUUCAAGUACGCAAACACAGCCAACAGUGAGAACUCAAAAUGGGGUAUCUGAAAGAGAACAGAACGGCUUCCAUAUCAAAUCCUCCCCGAACCCUUUUGUGGGAAGCCCUCCCAAAGGACUGUCUGUACUGAAUGGCGUAAAGCAGGACUUGGAAAGCUCUGUCCAGUCCUCACCACAUGACUCCAUAGCCAUUAUCCCACCUCCACAAAGUACCAAACCAGGAAGAGGCAGAAGGACUGCUAAGUCUCCAGCAAAAGACUUGCUUGCGUCAGACAUCUUUACCCCUCCUGUCUCAGAAGCUCCAGGCCAGACCUCACCUACAGGACAGUCCGCAACCCUACAGACCAACCCUCUGGAUCUCUUCAAAACAAACACUUCUGCCCCGGCGGGACCCCUUGCAGGUCUAGGUGGUAUACCAGUUAGCCCCCCUCAGGCAGGACCAUGGAACCCAACAUCUUUAGUCUUCAAUCAGUCCACUUCAGUGGUCCCGGGAGCCAUGCUGAGUGGUCAGCCUUCAGGAUUCAGUCAGCCAGUAGUUUUUACGACAAGCCCAGCUAUUCCAGGUUGGAACCAGCCUUCAUCCUUUGCAGCCUCAGCUUCACCCCCAGCCCCUGUUGUUUGGGGCCCAUCAGCAUCUGUGGUACCCAAUACUUGGUCCUCAACAAGCUCUUUGGGGAACCCUUUCCAGAGCAAUAUUUUUCCAGCUUCUGCUGUGUCUACCCAGUCCCCUUCUAUGCUCUCCUCUCUUCUGGCUGCUCCUCCUCAACCACCUCCCAGAACUGGCCCUCCAAAGGACAUCUCCAGUGAUGCCUUCACUGCCUUGGACCCACUUGGGGAUAAAGAAGUCAAAGAAGUGAAAGAAAUGUUUAAGGACUUCCAACUGCGGCAGCCACCUGCUGUGCCUGCAAGGAAGGGAGAGCAGACUUCCUCUGGGACUUCGAGUGCCUUCUCCAAUUAUUUCAACAGCAAAGUUGGCAUUCCUCAGGAGAAUGCGGACCAUGAUGACUUUGAUGCUAAUCAGCUGUUGAAAAAGAUCAAUGAACCACCAAAGCCAGCUCCCAGACAAGGUUCCCUGCCAAUUACCAAAUCUGCUGACAACGCAUUUGAGAACCCUUUCUCUAAAGGUUCUUUCGGUUCAUCACAAGCCUCUAUGGCUUCUCAACCCACAUCUUCUGAUGUAUAUAGGGAUCCUUUUGGAAAUCCUUUUGCCUAACUUCUGAACUUGUAUGAUGACUAUCCAGAGGAACAAAAAGGUUGGCCUUAGUAGUCAAGGACAAAGCUAAUAGCCGGACAACCUCUGCUCUCGUUCCAGCUUUGACAUAUUAUCUGUUGCCUUGUUGCUUGCUGCCUCUUCCACUUGUAAAAUGCCUUUCACUUUUCUGUUUAGAUUAAAGCUAAACUGAAUCCAUGGCUUUAAAUAAAUUAAGAAUCUAAAUUCUCUCGCUUAAAUGUAAAUGAAAUAGUUACCCUACUUGAACCAUUGCCUAGUGUGUUCCUAGAACCUUCUAGAACACUGUACUGUGUACCCUCUGGUUGGGAGAUUCAGCUACCACAACUCCUCAGAUGACACUGUUUUGAAUAAAUUUUAAAAUCCUUACUGUUCAAAGUUGUUUGGGGGUUCUGUUUCACAGCAUAAAUCCUAAAGGUUAUAGUAUAACAAAAUGCCUUCUUAAAUCUUGCUUCAUAUCAACAUUUAUAAAGAAUUUUUAAAGUAAAAUUGAAGCAAGUCCAACUUCUCCUUAAACACUUGGGAAUCUGACACACUUAAGGACCUUUUUAAAAAUAUAAAUUCUCUUUCUGAAGAUUAUUUUCUUUCAAGGACAAGAUUGUUCUUUUUUUUCCCCCCAGUCUCUUGCUUGAUAGUGCAAAUGAGGGAAAAAUAUUAUUUGUCUCUCCUCUCCUCUUCCCUCUGAUUCUUUUUUCAGUCAGUUUUACUCCCAGGUUCAUAUAACAUUACUUCCCUUCCACAAGCAACAGUUUUAUGGGGGAAAAAAAAAAUCUAAGGAUUCAUGGAUCUGAAAUGUCUCUGCCUUCUCAGUAAUCACUAAAUCCCAUAACUAGAAUUGCAGAUGGAUACAACCUUUAUCCUUUCUAUGGAAUAGGAGGCCAUCCUCUUGAUCUGAAGUUCCAGAAGAGCAGUUCAGGUUGAAGAAAAUGAAA